GACAUCUCAGUGUCCAUCGGCCAUCGCCUCCUUUUCUCUCUCCUCUCCUCUCACCAUCUUCUCCUACAGCAAAUCACUCUUCUCUCUCUCUAAAAAACUUCACAAGCCUACUAGCCUACUACUAGGCACGUAGCUAGCCCCUGCCACUCUAUCGCCCAGCACAAGCCAUACAGCUACCCGCUGUCACUGCGCCAGCGGCCGCAGCUGCGCAAAGAGGAGCGCGAGAACCCAAGAAACCAACCAAGAGCUGCGUCCCAUAAAGGCGCGCUGCUUCAAUCCAUCCAUCUUCUGAUCUUCCAUAUACUUCGCUUCCUGUAAAUGUCAUCGCCGCCCCGGCGGUGCCUCGCAGCGGAGCAGCAGUGGCCAUGACGCCGGCGCCGGCGGCCGCCUCCUACCGCGCUCUCGUCGCGCUCCUGCUCGUCGCCGUCGCCGUUGCCGAUGAUGGGUCGACGCUGCUGGAGAUCAAGAAGUCCUUCCGCAAUGUGGACAACGUACUGUACGAUUGGGCCGGCGGCGACUACUGCUCGUGGCGCGGCGUCCUCUGCGACAACGUCACCUUCGCCGUCGCCGCGCUCAACCUAUCCGGGCUCAACCUCGGAGGCGAGAUCUCUCCGGCCGUCGGCAGGUUGAAGGGCAUCGUCUCGAUUGACUUGAAGUCGAAUGGGCUGUCUGGGCAGAUCCCUGAUGAGAUUGGCGAUUGUUCAUCACUAAAAACUCUGGAUUUGUCUUUCAAUAGCUUGGAUGGGGACAUUCCGUUCUCAGUAUCGAAGCUGAAGCACAUUGAGAGCUUGAUAUUGAAGAACAACCAACUGAUCGGAGUGAUCCCAUCAACGCUCUCACAGCUCCCAAAUUUGAAGAUUUUGGACUUGGCACAGAACAAACUGAGUGGAGAGAUACCAAGACUGAUAUAUUGGAACGAGGUUCUUCAAUACUUGGGAUUACGCGGUAAUAAUUUAGAAGGCAGCAUCUCCCCAGAUAUAUGCCAGUUGACUGGGCUUUGGUACUUUGACGUAAAGAACAACAGCUUGACUGGGCCGAUACCAGAAACCAUUGGGAACUGUACAAGUUUUCAGGUCUUGGAUUUGUCUUACAAUAAACUUUCUGGAUCAAUUCCUUUCAACAUUGGUUUCCUACAAGUUGCUACACUAUCUUUGCAAGGGAACAUGUUUACUGGUCCUAUUCCAUCAGUUAUUGGACUUAUGCAGGCUCUCGCUGUACUGGAUCUGAGUUACAACCAAUUGUCUGGUCCUAUUCCAUCGAUACUAGGCAAUUUAACAUACACUGAGAAGCUGUAUAUGCAAGGCAAUAAGUUAACAGGUCCAAUACCACCUGAGCUUGGAAAUAUGUCAACCCUUCAUUACUUAGAACUUAACGAUAAUCAACUUAGCGGGUUCAUUCCUCCAGAGUUCGGAAAGCUAACAGGGUUAUUUGACUUAAACCUUGCAAACAACAACUUUGAAGGUCCAAUCCCUGAUAACAUAAGCUCAUGUGUGAAUCUCAAUAGCUUCAAUGCUUAUGGCAACAGAUUAAAUGGGACCAUUCCUCCUUCAUUGCAUAAACUUGAGAGCAUGACUUAUUUGAAUUUGUCAUCAAAUUUUCUAAGUGGUUCUAUUCCUAUUGAGCUAUCGAGAAUCAACAAUUUGGACACCUUGGAUUUAUCCUGUAACAUGAUUACUGGCCCAAUUCCAUCAACCAUUGGGAGUUUGGAGCAUCUAUUAAGACUUAACUUGAGCAACAAUGGUCUAGUAGGAUUCAUUCCUGCAGAAAUUGGCAACUUGAGGAGUAUCAUGGAGAUUGAUAUGUCCAACAAUCAUCUUGGCGGUUUGAUUCCUCAAGAACUCGGAAUGCUGCAAAAUCUGAUGUUGUUAAAUCUCAAAAACAACAACAUAACUGGGGAUGUCUCUUCACUGAUGAACUGCUUCAGCCUCAAUAUCUUAAAUGUAUCCUAUAAUAAUUUGGCUGGUGUUGUACCUACUGAUAACAACUUCUCACGGUUUUCGCCUGACAGCUUUUUGGGUAAUCCAGGACUUUGUGGAUAUUGGCUUGGUUCUUCGUGCCGUUCAUCUGGCCAUCAACAGAAACCACUAAUCUCAAAGGCUGCAAUACUUGGAAUUGCCGUGGGUGGGCUUGUUAUCCUCCUGAUGAUCUUAGUAGCGGUCUGCAGGCCUCAUAGUCCACCUGUUUUCAAAGAUGUCUCUGUUAGCAAACCAGUGAGCAAUGUUCCCCCCAAGCUGGUUAUCCUUCAUAUGAACCUUUCCCUUCUUGUAUACGAGGAUAUAAUGACGAUGACUGAAAACCUGAGUGAGAAGUACAUCAUUGGGUACGGAGCAUCCAGCACGGUUUAUAAAUGUGUUUCGAAGAACCGCAAACCAGUGGCAGUAAAAAAGCUAUAUGCCCACUAUCCACAGAGCUUCAAGGAAUUUGAAACUGAGCUUGAGACUGUUGGUAGCAUCAAACACCGGAAUCUAGUCAGUCUUCAAGGAUAUUCCCUAUCUCCUGUUGGAAAUCUUCUCUUCUACGAUUACAUGGAAAAUGGAAGCCUCUGGGAUGUUUUGCAUGAAGGUCCAACUAAGAAGAAAAAACUUGAUUGGGAAACUCGUCUACGAAUUGCUCUAGGUGCGGCCCAAGGCCUUGCUUAUCUUCAUCAUGACUGUAGCCCACGGAUAAUACACAGGGAUGUGAAAUCAAAAAAUAUACUCCUUGAUAAAGAUUAUGAGGCACAUCUUACAGACUUUGGCAUUGCUAAGAGUUUGUGUGUUUCAAAAACUCACACGUCCACCUAUGUCAUGGGAACUAUUGGCUAUAUCGAUCCUGAGUAUGCUCGCACCUCCCGUCUCAAUGAAAAGUCUGAUGUCUACAGCUAUGGCAUUGUUCUGCUUGAGCUGCUGACCGGAAAAAAGCCAGUGGACAACGAGUGCAAUCUCCAUCACUUGAUCUUGUCAAAGACGGCUAACAAUGCUGUCAUGGAGACAGUCGACCCGGACAUUGCAGACACUUGCAAGGAUCUUGGUGAGGUCAAGAAGGUGUUCCAGCUGGCGCUCCUUUGCACCAAGAGACAACCAUCGGAUCGGCCGACAAUGCACGAGGUUGUGCGCGUCCUGGACUGCCUAGUUCGUCCCGACCCGCCACCGAAGUCCGCACAGCAGCUGGCCAUGCCGCAGCGGCCUGCUGUCCCGAGCUACAUCAACGAGUAUGUCAGCUUAAGAGGCACCAGCGUGCUCUCCUGCGCCAACUCGUCGUGUACUUCCGAUGCUGAGCUGUUUCUCAAGUUUGGCGAGGUCAUUUCUCAGAACACAGAGUAGAAUAGUCUGCAGAAAUCGUCAUCCGAUCUUGGGAUUCAGGCAAGCAGCUGGUGAAGCUAAUCAAGGUAGUGAAGUGAACUCACGUUUUGUGACUUUGUCCACAUGUUGGGUGCCCAGAAAAUUAACAAGAGAAUUCUCAAGGGUUGUGGCUGGUGUUCUUUACUGUAAAAAAAAUGCGUCCUACUUCUUUCUUCUUCCUUUUUUUUUAUCUCGUUUUUGUCUAACUUAGGAGGUGUCCAUGAAUCUAGUACUAAAUCUCAAGACAGCUUCUUCUGUUCUGUAACAUUUCUGGGAUUGGAAUGCUGGAACUGGUAUUACUAAUAGUCUCUCGGUUUGGACAAAUUCGCAGGGUGGUGUUUCAGUUUCA